UCCCCCAUCUACUGGUGGGGGAGUGAGCGAGCGGCUGCGUGGGGCUGAGCUGCUGGCUAAACCAUGACACCACUGCAAAAGUGAAAACAUUAAUCCUGGUGCCUGAGAACCUGUCUUUGUAAUUCAUAGACACAAGAGGGAAAAAUAUACUUGAAAGUAAGGAUGGGGAUGGAAUAAUCUGUGAGAUUACUUCUGGAUUCUGAGAUGAGGACUCACUUCUGCACUGCAUCCCAGGGCAGCUGUGUUGUGGCACUUGAGUGUGGAGGAAUGAUGGAGGAGGUGGCCUGGGGAAAAAUGAAGCAGAGACUGGCAGAAUUAGCAGGACAGAAUGGGGAUGUGAGGGAACAAGUUAUGCAGAGCUUGAUUAUGGUGACAUCUCCUUUGAGGAAAGCUAAUAAGGUUCUACAUAUUGCCAGUUCCAAUUCUGUGGUGGUCCUCUCCAGUUUCUCUGGCUGAGGAUCACAGUUGCUAUCUGUGUCUCUGUUCCCUUGGAGCCAGUCUGGGUCUGGGCAGCUCUUAUGAGCUUGGGCUUCAGGUGUCACCUCUAAUAAAUUCACCAGUGAGAUGUGUUCCUUGGGGAGUGAGGCUCUGUGUAAGCACUUGAGGGAAAUCUGUAGGGAGGAGCAGCUUGUACAAAUCAGCUACCAAUCAACUGGGCUGGUUGCAGCAACCUGGGUGGAGGAUAGUGCUUUUCCUCCCACAUGAGUGGGAAGGAAUUCAAAGCCAGGAGACCUCAAAGAUGCAUCAUUAUUAGAUGCCAGACCAGUUGUCAUCUGUGCUAAACUGCAACCAAAAUGGCUAAGUACAGGCUUGUUAUCUUAAGACACGGGGAAGGAGCCUGGAACAAGGAGAAUCGCUUCUGCAGUUGGGUGGACCAGAAGCUGAGCAGUGAUGGGAUAAAGGAAGCUCGGAACUCUGGAAAACACCUUAAAGCUCUGGGCUUUGAGUUUGACCUCGUCUUUACCUCUGUACUCACUCGUUCCAUCCAGACUGCAUGGAUUAUCCUGGAAGAGAUGGGUCAAGAGUGGGUCCCCAUUCAGAGUUCCUGGCGACUGAAUGAACGUCACUAUGGUGCACUGAUUGGUCUCAACAGAGCAGAAAUGGCUCUGAAUCAUGGGGAGGAGCAAGUGAAAUUAUGGAGGAGAAGCUAUGAUGUUACUCCACCUCCCAUAACUGAAUCUCAUCCUUACUAUGAAGAGAUAUAUAAUGAUCGCCGGUAUAAAUGUUGCGAUGUCUCUCAGGAUAAUCUCCCAAAGGCUGAAAGUCUAAAAGAUGUGCUUGAUAGACUCCUUCCCUAUUGGAAUGAAAAGAUAGUGCCAGAACUGAAAAGUGGCAAAAUGAUCCUUAUAUCCGCUCACGGUAACAGCAGCAGGGCAUUGCUGAAGCAUGUGGAAGGCAUCUCCGAUGAGGACAUCAUCAAUGUUACUCUCCCCACUGGUGUGCCCAUACUUCUUGAACUUGAUGAGAAUCUGCACCCUCUGGGCCCUCACCAGUUUCUGGGUGAUCAAGAAGCUAUCCAAGCUGCCAUCAAAAAAGUGGAAGAUCAAGGGAAAGUAAAAUCUUCUGAGAAGUAAAAUGCCACUGCCUAACACAGCUGUUUUCAAAGUGUGGUAAUAAGUGAUGAUUUAUGUAUGACUGCUAGGUUGCACUGUGUGAAAAUCUCAAUUUCAAGCACUAAAAAAAUUGAAAGGGACAGUUGAGUCUCAGGUUGGUAAAUAACCCUCUGCCUUUCAAAAACUGGAAUUUAAAUCUCAGCAUGAGGUUACGGAUACCGAAAAAAGAAAUCAGGAGAUCACUCAGGUAAUGAAAACUUGCAGAGCAGUCUGCCCCAGAUCUAGGAUUGAGGGUGGCCCAGUACAGAAAUAAAGGGAUAUGUUAUUGGUGUCUACCAAUAAUCAGUACUGAUCUGUUAAAGGAAAAAGCAUCAGCUUACUGGACUAAUUAGGAUCAGGUUGUUACAGGUACUAACUCUCUCACUGAUAAAAUGGCACCAGGUAACAGUGUUACCCAGUAUCAUUCUUCUGUAUCAAUGGUCAUGACAAUUUGUUAUGGAUGGAGUUCCUUUGGUUUUUCAGAACACUUUCAGCUGUACAACUCUUUGCCUUUUAUUUUGAGUCUUCCAGGGCCAGUUCAUGGCCCGGAGGAGAAUCUUGUAGAGAUGUUCAGACUCUUAUAGUUACCAUAGCUGUCUUUUGUUACACUAUAUUCCAGUUUUUAAGGAAUCUGGAAAGAAUCCCUUUUCCUUCAUCUUUGCAAAGCCUGGCAUGACUGCAUUUUGGUGGCUUGCAAUAAUAGGAUUUAACUCAGCCUUUAGUCCACAAACUAAGCACAAAGGUUUCCUGCUCAAUGCUGAAAUUAUUACUUAGCUCUUUCCAAGUGAGCUGUAUAGCUUUGAAAUGCUUAAGUAACCUGUACUAGAGAUUUGAUCAUUUCUUAGUCAAGUUGUUAGAAUAAUUCCCGUUUACCUCAGUGAAAAUGGAUAUAGGAAAAUCCACCUCUAAGCUUUCCUGAGUUACUUAUCAAGAGGUCUUUGCAUGUUCCACAGCAAUAUUACUGUGGCAUUCUCUGUAUCAAUUCCUCUGGAGGGCUAGAGGAGGUGUGUAAGUCAUGUAAGAUGUGUUACUGGGUGCAGCUCAUUCAGCCAUCACUCUGGUAGGGAAGGGUAUUCCGCUAUGCCUGAAAGUGUUGUCCUAUAAAACUCCUUUCAUAGUCAUAGCUUGAUCCCUGCGUGGCCUUGCUGUUGUGCUCAGCACUAAAUUCAAACAGUUCACACUGUGGCUGGGUGUAGCAUAGCAUGCAUGGCAGCUCGAUGUUCUCUUCAGGUACACAAGCUUCAGGAUAAUUCCCCUUUUAAAGACUUGCUCUAAUCAUACUUGCAAAUAUGCAACUUAAAUUUAUCUGACCCAGUGUUUCAACACCUGAGCAUCUGGGUUCUCAACUCACUUAGCAACAUGGGUGUCACUUGUGUAUGUACUGUUUGAGCCAAAUGUGUUCUCAGCAUGGCCCAGCUACAAAUCUCAGAAGUUGAUGAGAAUUCUCUUGGUAUUAUGACAGUAUAAACUUUUAAAAUCCUAGGGUAGCUGCUGCUUUGCAGUGAGCAGCUCUGUAGCUCACUUCAUAAGUGUGAAGGGAUGUUUUUUGCCUUUGAGGAGAGCAGUGUGACAGUGUGGUGUGCCUCUAAGUGUCUCCCUGCUGUGUGGGGGUAGACUUUCCAGGUCUGAUUCCGGCCCACAUUACUGUAGUACAUAUUCCAUAAGACCUCUUCUUAGAUGGGAGUUUCUCUUACAUGAAUGAUGCUUGGGCGGCUUUCUUUGUUUUUGUAACCCUUGCAGUAGCAACAAAGUUACAUAUUUCUUUUAAAGAUAGAGUUGGUAGGCUUCCUCUUGCUUUGUACAAGAAAGGGUAUUUCCGAGUGUUUUCUCUGAAAUAUAUUAGCAGCUUCAUUGCUGCUCUAUUUGAAACUGACUCAUUCCUUUCUGGGUUUUUAGGUUUUGGUGCAUAGAGUAACUCUGAAUCUUAGCUGAUACUUUACAAGUCUGUGUUAUGGAUUAGGUUGUUGAUCAGCAAAUGUUCACCUGUCAAUGUCCUGAGGGUGGCCACGGACACUCAAGUGAUUAGAUUUUUCCCCAAACAUUCAAUAAUGUGUGAAGUUCAGUAUCAAGUAAAAAUUAAUGUAGAGUUAUUAACAAGGCAAGCAGAGCUACUGGUUGUCAGUGGGAACUGCGUGCAUCCAGAUGGAGUGGGGAAUGGAAAGGUGGAUGAGUGAAUGUAGAGAGCAUUACUAUUUCUUCUUGCAACUGAAUGGAAGAAAUUGACUGAACAGGCUUUCAGAGAGUCAUGGACAGUAAGAAAAGAACAGCAGUGUGAUGUUUUCAGGUGACACUGUUUCUACAGUGCUGCUUGAGGUGUGAAUAGUGACAGUGCCCUGGGAAGUUUAACUUAAUUUGCCUUGGUUGUGACUCCGAAGUGAUGACAGGAUUUUACAUGCACAUCUGGCAGCAAUACUACCUGGUAAAAGUAUCAGAUGGAACCAACUGGGGAUUUUGUUGUCCUUUUUAAGAUUAUUUUAACACCUUGCAAUGCUUGCUUCUGAAGAGCCUUCUAACUGAAUUCCAAAUUCCUGAUUCACAAAAUGUGUAUAUUGAAGAACACAAACCAACUUCCAUCAGCGGUGGCAUGAGGCUGUCUGAUCUUCAGACAUAGCUGCAUUAGAGGGAUAAAUGAGAAUCUUGCUGGUGGCUUUAGAAAUCAGUGGAUUUUAAAAACAUCUUCCCCACGUUUGAGUAUGCCUCAAAGGUCCUAUAAGGUAACUGGGGUGUCUACAGUUGACAUUAUGGAUGUAGUUGAUUUGGUUUGUUUAUGCUUUAAGUUAUGGUUCAGCAGCAGUAAUACCUCUAGAAUCCUCUUGAAAACCUUUGUAAAUAUGGUGGAGCUGGUAGGUUCUUUGUAACUCAAUAAAUUCACCUGAAAUAGAAUUUAA